AUGCAGGCCAGCGAUAGAUUUAACAUCAAUUCCCAGCUUGAGCACCUGCAGGCUAAAUAUGUGGGAACUGGGCAUGCCGACUUAAAUAGAUUUGAAUGGGCUGUGAACAUUCAACGCGAUAGCUAUGCAUCAUAUGUUGGACACUACCCCAUUCUAGCUUACUUCGCUAUAGCAGAAAAUGAAUCCAUUGGAAGGGAACACUACAAUUUUAUGCAGAAAAUGCUGUUACCUUGCGGCCUUCCUCCAGAAAGGGAAGAUGAUUGAGACUUGAGAAGUUAUGAGGUCGUAAUUAGAGUUGUAACACUCUGGAUCGUUAUGUGGGCUCAAAAAACUUUUUCUUUUGUUAGAUGACUCUGCUACAAAGUGACUAAUGGGAAAUGCGAACUAUUUUAUCUUGUAAUGCUCCUGUCUGAUGAAGAAUCAGUUUCCAAUUAAUUUACAGGACUCUCUACUGUAAUCUAUCAUUCUCAUCCUUUAUUUCAAGUAAAAAAUCUAUUUCGGUCAUAGUCUGGAGAACUCUUCCAUUUGUUGAUGUAUAAUUCUGCUUCACCUUGAAUUAAGUGUUUUUGUUUUUUUGUCGACAAGAACAUGAACUUAAUUUGAUAGCUAUGGAUGCUGGAUUUGGUUCAGUCAGUUAA